AUGCUGGUGGACGCGGAUGACUGCGAAAUUGUUGGAGAAGCGAACGGCAGCGCGGAGAUGGAGCGGCUUUUGAUCGAGUCCGCGCCGGAAGUCGUCCUGUGUGACACGUCUCCAGCGGACGCGCUUCGCGUGAUCGAGGCGCUUUCCGGCGAAGGCGCGGCGCUUGUGCUGCUCGGCGAAGACCACAGCGAAUACCAACUGAUGGCAGACGCGGUUCUGCCGGGAUGGGCCUAUCUUCGCAAGGAAGCCGACCGCAUCGAAAUUCUGGGCGCGAUCCGGGCAGCGGGCGCGGGGCUAAUCGCCGUGGACCGAAGUUUCAGCCUGUUGCCCGGAAGCGCGUUUCCGCUUGCCGACGCGGAAAUUCUGCCGCCUGAUGAAACAUUGACCGCUCGUGAACGGGAAGUCUUGCAGCAGAUGACGCACGGGCUGCCGAACAAGCAAAUUGCGGCGCGGCUGAACAUCAGCCAGCACACCGUGAAAUUUCAUGUUGCUUCUAUACUGGCGAAACUCGGCGCGUCGAGCCGCACCGAAGCGGUGACAUCCGGGGCCAGACGCGGCCUUGUUUCGCUGUAA